CAGGCCCUCCGGUCCGCUAGGUGGCGCUGCUGCGCCCUCGGGCUGGUUAUCAGCCUCCAGGUGUCCGCCGCCAUGCAGCCUCUCCGGGUGCUGGAGCUCUACAGCGGGAUCGGAGGCAUGCACUACGCCCUGAAAGAAAGCGGAGCUCCUGCCAAGGUGGUGGCUGCUGUGGACAUCAACACCACAGCCAAUAAGAUCUACAGGCACAACUUCCCAGACACGCCCCUCUGGAACAAGACCAUCGAGGCUAAAGCUUUGAGCCAAUGCAGCUUUCUUCUACUGGUGUCUUGCAGGUUCAGCAAGCUGCCCGGUUUUAUCCUGCUGGAAAACGUCAAAGGCUUUGAGAUCUCCUCUGCCAGGGAGAGAUUGCUGCAGACGCUGCUGGGAUGUGGAUACACCUUCCAGGAGUUCAUGAUCUCCCCAACAAGUGUGGGGAUCCCAAACUCCCGUCUGCGUUAUUUCCUGGUUGCUAAACUUUCUGGACAAAACGCCGACAUCCAGACAGAAACAGAGGUUGGUCUACGCUGUGAUCGCUCUGCAUCCAGAUCCCAGCAGGGUUUCCAUGGCGACUGGUCGCUGCUCCUCCAGAGCCCCAUCCAGAGCAGAAGGAGAAUGAGUCAGCAGCAGCAGCCUGUUAGCUGGGACGGCCUGGCUGAGGUUCUACGCCCAGCAGAGGAAGGACUUCCUCCUGACGUCCUGUAUAAGCGGGAGACGCCAGCAGAGGAAGAAGCUCCUCCUGACGUCCUGUAUAAGCAGGAGACGCCAGCAGGGGAAGGACUUCCUCCUGACGUCCUGUAUAAGCGGGAGACGCCAGCAGAGGAAGAAGCUCCUCCUGACGUCCUGUAUAAGCAGGAGACGCCAGCAGGGGAAGGACUUCCUCCUGACGUCCUGUAUAAGCGGGAGACGCCAGCAGAGGAAGGACUUCCUCCUGACGUCCUGUAUAAGCGGGAGACGCCAGCAGGGGAAGGACUUCCUCCUGAUGUCCUGUAUAAGCGGGAGACGCCAGCAGAGGAAGGACUUCCUCCUGACGUCCUGUAUAAGCAGGAGACGCCAGCAGAGGAAGGACUUCCUCCUGACGUCCUGUAUAAGCAGGAGACGCCAGCAGAGGAAGGACUUCCUCCUGACGUCCUGUAUAAGCGGGAGACGCCAGCAGAGGAAGGACUUCCUCCUGACGUCCUGUAUAAGCGGGAGACGCCAGCAGACGUGCAGAGGAAGUGCAGUCAGAAUGAGAACCUGUCCGUUCAGCAGAUACAAGCCUUCUUAGAGCCACAGGUGAAGGAGGACAUGGAGCCAUACCUGCUGGGAGCUAAAACGCUGCUGCGCUACGCUUCCAUCCUGGACAUUGUUCAGCCUCACAGCAGGAGGUCCGUCUGCUUCACCAAAGGUUACGGACGUUAUGUGGAAGGAACUGGAUCAGUGCUGCAGUGCGACUUGGAGAAGGAGGUCAGUGAUGUUUUCUCCAAUGUGGACCAGCUGUCUGAGGAGGAAAAGCUGCAGAAGCUGAUGGAGUUAAAACUGCGUUACUUUACUCCCAGAGAGGUGGCCAACCUCAUGGGCUUCCCUCAGAGCUUCUCUUUUCCAGACGGCGUCUCCAUCAUCCAGCAGUACCGGGUUUUGGGAAACAGUCUGAAUGUUCUGGUUGUGGCCAAACUCCUACGACAGAUGCUGUCUGAAUAUUUUGGACGUUCUGAAGGAGAACCCUCUACGCUUCCUUAGGAAGUCCGACCUCUGGUACCGCGGUCCGAUGCUCGCAAUGCAGAAGAUGAUGGAAUCAAUCAAAAU